GGCCCCCCCAAGCUGCAUCGCUCAGACUUCGGCUUCGCCCCGGGUGCCAGGCCCGGGAGCCGCCCCCCCCCCCCGGCCCCUGUGUGAGAACCGCUGGGGGGGGGGAGUGGCUGGGAACCCGGACGCCUGGGUUCUCUCCCCCCGCCCAUCUGUGCCAGGCUGAGCCCCAGGCUGGGGCGAGGCGUUUGCACCCGGGGUCGGGGGGGGUCGGGCACAAGGUUCGCUCGGUCCCGCCCUGGAGCUGCCCAUAAAGCCCCGCCCGGCCGCGACUCGGGCUGCGGAGCAGGAUGGAUUGUAACCGGGCGGCGGCUUUUGGGUCAGACCCCAAGAAACAUGAAGCGGGAAAGAAAGAGGGGCACCUGCCUCACCCAGGGCACCCCAAGCACAAGGACAGGCACGGCUCCUCCUCGGACUCCAGCAGCAGCUCCAGUGAGAGAGACGGGGAGCACCACGGCAAGCCCCAGGGCCCAGGCCACGCGCACAAGGAGAAGAAGAAGAAGAAGAAGAAGCUGAACAAGGAGAAGAAGCCAAAGGAGAAGUCUAAGAAGAGCCCCUGAUGCCAACGCCAGGCCAGGCCGCGUCUCACCCAGACUCCACCCCUGGAUCUGGGCAGAGACCCGGCACCAGACCCAGCGGCUCAGCCUGGCACCCGCGGCCGUUGGCCGGUAUCUUGGGACCUGCCCUUUGGAGCCUUCAUUGAAAUAAACAAGCUCUGCCCC